AUGGGUACACCAAUUAAAAAGAUUAGUACAGUAAUUAUUAAAAUGGUUUCAUCAGCCAAUACUGGUUACUUUUAUAGAACAACCAAAAGUGCUUUACUCAGCACUAAAAAGUUAUUACUUAGAAAAUAUGAUCCAGUAAUUAGACAACACGUUUUAUUUAAAGAAGAAAAAAUUAGCAGAAAGAAAAAUUAA